AUGUCGGUCCCUACACGCCCCAUCGCCCCUGUGCCUCUGCGAUCACGCUUGCUUUCCUUCUGCUGUUGUCGGAGCCGCGUGCAGAAGCACAAUCAAAGCGCAGGUGAUGCACUGAUGGGCCUCAUGGUUGUUGUUCUUGCCUGGCUGAGAGCCGUUGCCAUGCCUGCACGCCGUAGGGUUGCGGUGUAUGUCAAGCAGCUGAGGCGCUCCCUUCAAAAACAGCCGGUCAUCGUGCAACAGGACAAAUGCCCUGCCGCUGCUGUUGGCAUGAGCCGUGCUGUUUAUGAUGGCCUUCUUUAUCAGAACUUCUUCUGUGACAGUGCUCAUUAUGAGCUUGUUGAAACGGGCCUUGAGCAUGUGUGCCAUGAUCAGUACCUCUCGCACAAGGCGUUGAUCCCAAGUUGGGCUCACCGUCGCAGAACUAGUUGGCAUCCUGAGGCUUUGCCUUAUGCGUAUCUUAAUGUCAAGCGCAAAUGCUUCAGCCCUGCGGGGUUAGUGUGCACAAAACUUCAUGCGCACGUCCGUGAGAUUGUGGCUAGUUGCAACUUCCCCCUCAAUAGACUCUUCAAGCUUUGCAGCCGUGCUGUUCAGUGCAUCCUCAAAAACAGCACUUUGCCAAGUUGGGAAGUUUGGGACAUGAAAACUUCUUCGACUGAUCUUGCUCAGCGAGCACGUUCCUUGGACAGACCGCGUGAAUUUCGAUCGGUUUGCAAACGCUGUGGAUGCCGGAAAGCCCCUAUGUCCUGUUUCCAAGGAGAUGUCAAUCAACUUUUCAAGGAUGUUGAAGCACACCAUGUUUUGCGUCACUUAAGGCAGCAUGUCGAUGCUUGUCAGAAGGCACAUCCUGAUUGUGAAGGUGUCACGGUGUUGAAUGGCAAGAAAUACAGAGCCUUUAUUGGGGGUCAGGAACGUACUGCACGUGGUCGGUACUUCAGGUUUUGGGAAGUUUGGUGUGUCUUGAAGUAUUACCUGCGCUGCAACGUGUUCAGAGUGGGUGUACAUCUGGUCCGUCAGCGACUAGGCGUCCCCAUGGGUGGAAGUGGUUCCAAAGCUUGCACCUCCAUCCUGCUUGGUGGCUUGGAAGCUGCCUGGGUCCGGGACGGCGCCCAAAGAGCUGAACAUGGCUUCGAAGAUUCCCCGCAGGCGUUUCAGGCCACCACAAACGGUGCACGAUACGUCGAUGACCUGCUUGUUCUCAGCACUGUGUAUUGCCCUCGUUGCUGUGAGGCCAUGUGCAUGCUGAUCUAUGACAAGCCGUUAGUUAUCGAAGCACAGCCGCCUGUUCACGUUUUUCAAGCGCAGUUGCCGCAAGAGGUUUGGCAAACAUGCGUACACCAUUGGCUUGACUUGACCGUCACUGUAGGUGAGACUGUCCGCGUGUCCUACCGCAGUAAGAAUGAACAGUGCUUGCACUCAGGAGGGCAAAUCAACCAUCAUGUUUUGCCGCGCUUUUGUCAGCAAGAUGGUGCCACCAGGGAGCGCUUGAAAUGGUGGAUGUCCUCACGGGCUCACCGCAUUGGUCAAAUUGUGCCAGACCCUGACAGUUUUGUGCUUGUGUUGCGUGAGGCCAUGCUUUUCGGAUAUUCUCGUCAGCAUGUGUUGCGAGUGGCUAGUACGCUUCGCAAGUUCGAGUUUGUCAGAGAAGCGCUACGCAUUGUGACGUCCACUGAUUGCUUGAAGCUGCACUCGAGGGAUUAA